CCUGCUUCUGAUCAUCUUUCUCCGGUUUAAGAAUAACAUGUAGCUGGACGAAGAAAGCCAUCCAACGUAGAGAUGUUGAAGUCCUUCCCACCAAAAUCGAGGCGCAUCUACGCCAAGCAUUCUUCAUUCAUCUCGAGACCACUCUCUUCUUCUCCAUCAUCUUCAUCUUCAGAUUCAUCUCCUUCUAGUCUCCCUAACUCUAUACUCACCUGCAGAACGGCUAACCAAGCACUCGAGCUCUUCCACUCAGUUUCCCGCCGAGCUGACUUAGCCAAGAAUCCGCAGCUCUAUUCAGCAAUUAUCCAUGUCUUAACUGGAGCCAAAUUGUACGCGAAGGCUAGGUGCUUGAUGAGAGACCUCAUCCAAUGCCUCCAAAAUUCUCGGAGAUCCCGUAUUUGUUGUUCGGUUUUUAAUGUUCUUAGUCGGUUGGAAAGCUCUAAAUUCACUCCCAAUGUGUUUGGGGUGUUGAUUAUUGCCUUCUCGGAAAUGGGUCUUGUGGAAGAAGCCUUGUGGGUGUAUUACAAGAUGGAUGUAUUGCCGGCAAUGCAGGCUUGUAACAUGGUCUUAGAUGGGUUGGUUAAGAAGGGUAGGUUUGAUACGAUGUGGAAAGUUUAUGGUGAUAUGGUAGCGCGCGGAGCGUCGCCUAAUGUGGUCACCUAUGGGACAUUGAUUGAUGGGUGUUGUAGACAAGGUGACUUUUUGAAAGCAUUCAGGUUGUUUGAUGAAAUGAUUGAGAAGAAAAUUUUCCCAACGGUUGUGAUAUACACAAUUCUCAUACGUGGGCUGUGCGGUGAGAGUAGAAUUUCAGAAGCAGAAAGUAUGUUUAGGACAAUGAGGAAUUCGGGUAUGCUCCCAAAUUUGUAUACAUACAACACAAUGAUGGAUGGAUACUGUAAGAUAGCCCAUGUGAAGAAAGCCCUUGAAUUGUACCAGGAAAUGCUAGGUGAUGGUCUGCUGCCAAACGUUGUGACUUUUGGUAUUUUAAUUGAUGGACUUUGCAAAACAGAUGAAAUGGUGUCUGCCAGAAAGUUUUUGAUUGAUAUGGCUAGUUUUGGUGUUGUUCCAAAUAUAUUUGUGUAUAAUUGUUUGAUAGACGGCUACUGUAAGGCAGGGAACCUCUCUGAAGCACUGAGUUUGCAUUCAGAGAUUGAAAAGCACGAAAUUUUGCCUGAUGUCUUCACUUACAGUAUACUAAUAAAGGGCCUUUGUGGUGUCGAUAGAAUGGAAGAAGCAGAUGGGUUGUUGCAAGAAAUGAAGAAAAAGGGAUUCCUUCCGAAUGCUGUGACCUACAAUACACUCAUUGAUGGGUACUGCAAAGAAGGCAACAUGGAGAAGGCAAUAGAGGUGUGUUCUCAAAUGACAGAAAAGGGUAUAGAGCCUAACAUCAUUACCUUCUCUACAUUGAUUGAUGGUUAUUGCAAGGCAGGGAAAAUGGAGGCUGCCAUGGGAUUGUACACUGAAAUGGUAAUCAAAGGUCUUCUACCUGAUGUAGUUGCUUAUACAGCUUUAAUUGAUGGGCAUUUCAAAGAUGGCAACACAAAAGAAGCUUUCCGGCUUCAUAAGGAGAUGCAGGAGGCAGGCCUUCAUCCUAAUGUUUUCACACUUAGUUGCUUAAUUGAUGGAUUAUGCAAGGAUGGAAGGAUUAGUGAUGCAAUCAAACUUUUCUUAGCGAAAACUGGAACUGAUACCACUGGUAGUAAAACUAAUGAGUUGGAUAGAAGCUUGUGUUCCCCAAACCAUGUGAUGUAUACAGCCCUGAUUCAGGGUUUGUGCACGGAUGGGAGGAUUUUUAAAGCAAGUAAGUUUUUCUCAGAUAUGAGAUGCUCUGGUUUAAGACCAGAUGUGUUCACUUGCAUUGUCAUUAUUCAGGGGCAUUUCCGAGCCAUGCAUUUGCGUGAUGUGAUGAUGUUGCAGGCUGAUAUCCUAAAGAUGGGUAUCAUACCAAACAGUAGUGUAUACCGGGUCUUGGCUAAGGGUUAUGAAGAGAGUGGAUACCUCAAAUCAGCUCUCAGGUGUUCUGAGGAUUUAUCAGGGAUAGGCAUUGGGUGUUCAAAUUUGAAUGACCUGUAACAGGAUCUUUUUCUCGGUCAUACAAAACAUCACAUCUUGAUGAAUGAGGGCAAUAAAUUAUGUUGUGGGUAGUGGUUUCCUCAUGAGAAGAGUGAUAUCCUUUAAAGAAGUGUUAGAGAGGAAAUAAAGCAACUCCCAUUUCUCCUCAUUGAAGCCAGAGAAAUGACCAUGUCAUAUUGAAAUUGCAUGAUCGAUGCCCUCCUGAGUAUAGAAACAAUAGAAUUGUGUUGACAAUGCCCAUGCCACUAUUAUGAAUAAACCUUGGACUCAAAGUGCACUGGAAGUACUUUCUUGUGCUGGUGAGGUGCUAAUGUUUAGUGGAUCAAACAUAUUUUGAAGAGCUCCUAAUGUUAAGGGAAUCAUCUCAUUUAAUUUAGCUUCUGUGGAGAAGGUGUACAGCCUCUUGAUCGAGUCAACUCAGAACCUUGGGGUCCUACACUAUCCAUUUAAGAUUUCAACUUUGUGUUGUUACUGAGAAGAAGGUAGUGCAGUACAAGAAUCCCACUCUGACUAAAAACCAUUCAGAAUUCAUAGUGUUCAAAAUAAAGAAAACUGCAAGCAUUUUUUCAUUUAACCAAAAGUUCUAGUUUUCUCUUCUAUGCUGUAAAUCUGAUUAUUGGAUCCUUGCAGUUUUGCGUAGAUCCAGUCUAUGAAAUAGCAAUAAAAAGCCUACUGAAACCAGUUUAUCAAUCCAUGAAUCUUGUGCAUUGCAAUCAAAGAUUUGUUGAGUCAACUCAGUCCCUCUAGGUUUUCUGCUGAGUCCCGCCUGAGAGUUUUUGAACUGCCACUCCCUUCUGUUAUCAGUGGGCACUAGGUGGUACUAUGCAGCCCGUCUGGCAGGUAGUUGUGUACAUGGGCAUGAAGUGAAACUUUAGAUAAGUUGUGUUCUACAGGAGUGCCACAGCAGUUACCUAACAGCAUUUGGUAUACAUAGCUUUGUGCUCUUGUGGUAUUUUCACACAAUCCUGAAGCCACCUUCUCCUCAUGAGAUUCUUAAGAAGGUUCCCUUCAUUGGGCAGAAGGGUGACCAAGUUAUUUGCAACUAACAAUCAGCCCAAAGCCCAUCUCCAUACUCACCUCAAACCACCAAAAUCAAACCAAACUCUGAAAAGGUACCUUCAAUCCAGUAACACUAGCAAGGUUCUCCUUUUCUUUCGCAUCUUAUUGAGAAAAAACCCUUCUUCAAUUGACAGCUUCUCCCUCAUGUUUGCCCUUAAAGCUUGCACCCUAAAGUCUUCCUUGGUAGAAGGAAAACAAAUGCAUGCGCUUGUCAUAAACUUUGGCUUUGAACCCAUCAUUUUCCUCCAAACAUCUCUCAUAAGCAUGUAUUCAGCAACGGGAAAUGUUGCUGAUGCACAUAAUAUGUUUGACGAAAUACCUUCCAAAAAUCUCAUCUCUUGGACUUCCGUGAUUUCUGCUUAUGUUGACAAUCAGAGGCCCAAUAAAGCUCUUCAGCUCUUCAGGCAGAUGCAGAUGGAUGAUGUGCAACCUGAUAUAGUCACAGUAACUGUAGCUCUCUCCGCCUGUGCUGACCUUGGGGCGUUAGACAUGGGAGAAUGGAUUCAUGCUUACAUCCGCCAUAGAGGACUCGAUACAGAUUUAUGCCUAAACAAUUCUCUCAUAAACAUGUAUUCAAAAUGUGGGGAGAUCGGUACUGCCAGGAGAUUGUUUGAUGGUACGCAGAAGAAGGAUGUCACAACCUGGACAUCCAUGAUUGUGGGGCAUGCCCUGCAUGGACAAGCAGAGGAGGCGCUUCAACUUUUUACAGAAAUGAAAGAAACGAACAAAAGGGCAAGGAAGAACAAAAGGAAUGGUGAACACGAGAGCUCUUUAGUCCUCCCUAAUGAUGUUACUUUCAUGGGAGUUUUAAUGGCCUGCAGCCAUGCAGGUCUUGUGGAAGAAGGGAAGCAGCAUUUCAGAAGCAUGAAAGAGGAUUAUAGCUUGAGGCCAAGAAUUUCCCACUUUGGCUGCAUGGUGGAUCUUUUAUGCCGUGCUGGUCUCCUAACAGAAGCUUAUGAGUUUAUAUUGAAGAUGCCGGUGCGGCCAAACGCAGUGGUGUGGCGUACAUUGCUAGGUGCAUGCAGCCUCCAAGGUGACAGCAACGGCAACGGCAACAGCAACAUUAAGAUUUACUCAGAAGCCCGUCGGCAGCUGCUCGAGCUGGAGCCUAGCCAUGUUGGUGACAAUGUCAUCAUGUCAAAUUUAUAUGCUGCCAAAGGCAUGUGGGAUAAGAAGAUGUUAGUCAGAAACCAAAUAAAGCAGAGGAGAGAUCCAGGUUGCAGUUCAAUUGAAGUGGGAAUUGACAUUAAAGAGUUUGUUGCUGCAGAUGAUCAACAUCCAUGUAUGCCUCAGAUAUAUGAGAUUCUUGACCACCUGACUAGAACCAUGAGAGCUUCUGACUGUGCUCUGGGGACAGACACCCCCAUGGAGUGAUAUAUACAGAGUACUGAUCAUCUAGGGCUCAAGUUAUUUGCCCAAAAAAUUAUAUCUCUGUAAUUAAGAAAUGUUUUGAAGUAGAACAUGGCCUCAUAGAGUUUGUCCUCCCUAUAGUAAGGUAUUUUUCUUCAUCAGACCACCUUUUAGGGAAUAAUAAAUGAAGGACAAAUAGCCAACUCAA